AUGGUCGCCAUCAUUCAACAAGUUCUGUCGCUAUUUACCGUCCUGGCAAUAUUUUCGGUCGCCGUGCACGCUGCUCCUCCGGUUUUUGAGGAACAAAUGCAUUACGAGGCCGAAAUUAACCAACUGAGGCGCCAUGAGGCCCAAGAUAAACCGUUCGAAAUCACGGCUCGUAACUUUUGGGCAGACGUCCCCGAUUUUGUGCCAAAAGCCUUAAGGCUUGCGGAGGGUGGUUCGUACGAGGUUGGGCAUUAUAUACCUAGGUCAGGCCCUAGGGGUCUUUUCAGGACCGUUCCAGCCAAAAAGGAAGUUUUCUUCUACAGUCUAAUCCAGCCCGAGGAUUCUCUUGGGAGAGAAAUGCAUCUCGAAUCCGACAACGUGGCCACCGUGCAUUGGAAACAUGAUCAAACACACGGCGUGCAUAUCCUAAGUAUGGACAAGAUCAAACGACAGCCCAUAAAUUGGGUUUUAGAGCCGCUGCAAGAGAUCCUAUCCCGCCACUGGUAA